AGAGAGCACUGGAAUUAUCAGCAUGCUGAGGGGUAUUGGCCGCGGAUCGGAGGGUAUUGGAAGCGAUAUUCGACGGGAACGCUGAAACUUGAUGUGGUGUCUGUAAAGGGAGGAAGUCAUUAUGUGGCGCUAAAUCGGCCCGCGCCAGCGCUUCAACUGGUGAGCGCGUUCCUGAAGGAGCAACCGUACAACACGAGUGCAAAAGUUGACACUGAGCUGAAAUUGCCGAAAUUCCAGUACUGGCCACCGCUACCACCAGUGAAAAGAACCGAAGCGGAUCGGGUUUAUAGUUUACCAGGCCUAACCUACACACCAAAUUUCAAGCAGUAUUCCGGUUAUUUGAAGUCGAAGAAGGGUAAUUACCUGCAUUAUUGGUAUAUGGAAUCACAGGGGGACCCCCGAAAUGACCCGAUCGUGAUUUGGCUGAACGGUGGGCCGGGGUGUAGCUCGUUGAUGGGACUGCUUGAGGAGUUGGGACCGUUCCGACCGAACCCAGAUGGGAGAACCCUUUUCGAGAAUGUGUUCUCGUGGAAUAAGGCCGCCAAUUUAAUGUUCUUGGAGACGCCUCGAGGUGUGGGAUUCUCCUAUCAGAACAUGACUGAGAAUCCGGAUACGGAAUGGGACGAUACGAAGACGGCCGAGGAGACGGCUGACGCCAUCGAGGACUUCUUUAACAUAUACAAGCAUCUGCGUUCGCAUAGGAAUGAGCUGUAUCUGACGGGUGAAUCGUAUGCCGGCAUCUAUAUACCGAUGACGACGAAUGUCCUGAUCGAUAGAAUUCAGGUUUGGGGGGUUGUUUUGGGUGAUUUUUAG